AUGGGGUCCAAGGACCUCAGUCUCCAAGGAUGGCUGGCCAUCUACAUCCUCCUCACAGCUAGCACUGCAACUGCCAAAGAGCUAAGCACCAUGACAAUUGGAGCCCCAGGACAGCCAACAGUCGUGAUAACAGUCGAGGCACCCCCUGUACCAACAACACCGCAAGAUCCAUCCUAUCUCGACCUGGAAAUCCUCAAGAAAGACACUCUGGAUGUAACAAACGAAUAUCGCGCACAACACAGCGCCAAACCACUAGUGUGGAAUGACACAUUAGCUGAAGUCUCAAAGAAAUGGGCUGAACCAUGUAUCUGGAAACACUCAGGCAAUCCCUUGUAUGGAGAGAACAUAGCCUACGGCUUCAACAACGUCACUGGGGCCAUCAAAGCCUUCGGCGAUGAAAGAGACAUGUACAACUUCACGCUCCCAACCGGUUGGAGCCACGAAACUGGCCAUUUCACCCAAAUGGUCUGGCAAGGCUCACAACAGAUGGGAUGCGCCGCUGUCGACUGCGGCUAUAGGCAUGAGAAGAGCAAGACUGUAGCAGGGAAGAGGAACAUGGACCCUGAUACCAGUCCUCAGGUAUACGAUGAAAGCGUUGCUGAUCUGACGAAGCGCGAAAAUGAGGAUGGGCUAGGCGAGGACAAGCGCGCACAGGGCUGGUACCUUGUUUGCGAGUAUCAGCCCCCAGGCAAUGUUAUCGGGAACGACAAUAAGUGGUUCAAGAAUGUCUUGCCACAGAAGAAACCGAAGGAAUCUGCGACUUCUACGACUACUGCUGCCAAGCCCACGGCUAAUGCGACGGUGACUGGUACGGCUAAUGCGACGACGACGACUGGUGCGGCUGCUACGCCUACUUCUGGGGGGAACUCUGCGAAAAUGGGCGGUGCUUUCAAGGCUGGAUUUGGUUCGAUGAUGAUGUUGGUUGGGAUGAUGUGUGUUGAGAUGGGACUGUGA